ACAACAACACGCGGAAUAACUUGUUCCGUGUGUGAGCUGUAUAAAGUGGAGCACACGAGUGAAGGCGAAGUCGGUGAGCGUGCAGCCACUCACACGACGGGCACUGCGUCUUGUUGGUCUCACAGCAACAACUCAACUCAGGCGUGAUCAUGAGUCUCCUCGUCCUCAUUCUACUUUUGGGUCCUGCAUUUUCAGGUCUGGCUACUGCCGCCUACGCAAAGGACGCGCAUUGCGAGGGCGAUGGUGGCGUGUGCCAGUACACCGACGUGGCGUGCCACGGAAAGAACGUCAAGGGCAGGUGCGGAGGACCCGCCAACCGGCAGUGCUGCAUGCCAGCAGCAGCAGCAGCGACCGGCAAUGUAAAGUGGAAUACGAUUUGUGAUGGCCAAACGGCCAACAAGCUGAGAGGCUGCGACAAAUAUGGUUGUGGUAGCUAUGGGGCACGUCGAACUGGCCACAAACACAUGGGAGUGGACGUGGAGUGCCCCGAUGGCUCUGUCGUGAAUGCACCAUUCUCAGGGAAAGUGAAACGCCAGGCCAAGCCCUACAAGAAGAACAAUGCCAUCAAUGAUGGAGUGGAGUUUUACAACGAUGACUUCUGCAUCAAGAUUUUCUACAUCCAUCCUGACCGCUAUACCGGCUCAAUUUCCAGCGGCCAUAAAGUUGGGCGUCUGCUGAAAAUGCAGAGCGUUUACCCUGGAAUCACCUCCCAUGUCCACAUCCAGAUGUGUGACAGCUCUAAGGAUCCAACACCUUACAUAAUCUAACGGAGGCAUCAUUUUCAUGAGAAUUACUUUGCUUUUUCAGCCUUUGCUAUAUGUGUAAAUCAUAUCCCAAAUAAAACAAUGGAUCGACAAAUUACUUUGUGCAAUGUAGAGCACACACACCUCCGGUUAGCACGGUUGGCUACGUACGGUGCAAAAUAAGUUCAACACACAUACAAUGAAACACGUGUGAUAUUGCAAAGCAUUUACUCGGCAUUUAUAUUACAUAUAUUUGACAGUUUUAGACCUCGCAAACACAAGAUAAUAUACUUCUUUGUGCAUGUGGCUAAAUAUAAACGUUAAAAAAUAAGCUUCGAUAUUUAGGUUCAGUUUAUUGUGCCAAUUGACGGUGUUUGUAGAGGCAGUCUGUAGCUCCUUCCUUUCUCCAUUGGACAAUCUAUGGCAGUGGUAUGGUCCAUUGUUUGAGGCAUAGAGCGGCAGUCACAUUUGGAGCUUUAUUUUAUUUUCAAUUUGUGCAUCAGAUGUGAUCUCAGUGGGACCCUCCAACCACACCUCUGAGUCACUGAUUACAAGUCACCUGGCCAAGUUUAACCCAAUUUUAUGCCGUCCUGGGCAUACCUGGUUAAAAGCAUAAUAUAAACUCAUUCUUCUCUAGUGCAGAAAAUAUGUGAUUUAUAUCAGUCCUGAUUUGAAAAAAUAAAAUAAUCCAUUGUAAAAUUGGCUUGGGAAUAGUGUAUAGCAACUAAUCCAGGGAUUUGAACGCAAUAGUUGGGGCAGAUAAUAGUUUGGUUAAACUCCAAAAACCAGCUGUCCAGGAGAUUGCAGUGCAGCUUAUAGCUUGGUGAACCAUCCGAUGUGUAGAUUUUCUCUGGAUACUCACAUUCCUUCUUACAAGCAAACCAUUCCUUAAAUACAAUUGGUCAUGAAUCAAAAUGCAGGCAUCUUGAGCACCUGAUGUUUUACAAGGACCAAUGACACAAACGUCAUUAACCAUGGCCAAUCCACUAACGGAUGAGGGCUGCUGCAGGAUGAAAAUUAGUAUUGAUUUUCAACUCUUUUGUAUUUUUGAUUCUCAGCCGGAAUGAAAGUUCAGAUCGUCAACCACAGUACAAUCUGGUCAUCUGGUCGCAUAGCAUUACAUUAUAUGUUCAUGGUCACUUAUGUAUUUCUAAAGCAUUCGUGUCAUACAUGAUAUGUAUCGCACAUGUACCUUACAAAUCCAGGAUGCUGCACAGACCUAAACGAAUGCUGUGUUAGUAUGCAAUCUCAUAGAAUUAACGGAUGAGAGAGUACCGUCGUUAAUCUUACACAUAAGUCCUAUAUUUUUAUUCAUGUUAUUUCUUGGUUGUCGGAUGCCUAUACAGUAUUUGUACUGCUUCCUGUGGUUUUAAAUUGCUAGCUUGCUUGCACAAGACCUCAUGAGAUGAUCAUGUUGGAGUGUAGAGAAUAAACAUUUCUGGAAUGGG